GGCUACGGACGGAGCAGCUGUCAGUGCGCAGAGCGGAGCGUCACGACAGGCAGGAGACUUUGUGGAAGGACGGCGACUUAAGAUGCAGCUCAGGGACAAUUCCUGCAGUAUAUCACGUCGUCUCGCAUACAAGACGUGUCGGUUCGUAGACAUUAUCAUUUAGCGUGUGGUCAACGAGCCAAGAGAGACACACAGAGAGAGAGAGAUUUUCUUGGGUGAUUUUUUUUUUUUUCUGCAAAGCGGACGGCGGAGACACAACGGUCCGUCCGAUACAAGUCCAGACAUGAGUAACGUUAAUCUGAUUUUUUGGGACCAGUUGCAAGCGGGCAGCUCCGAGGUGGACUGGUGCGAAGGAAACUACCUUAUUUACCCCAGCAUCGCUGAAUUUUACAACACGAUCAGCAACAUUUUGUUUUUUGUUUUGCCCCCAAUAUUAAUGUGCUUGUUUCGCCAAUAUGCAACACAUUUCAACAGUGGGAUUUACCUGAUAUGGAUUCUACUUGUUGUGGUCGGUAUUGGAUCGACAUAUUUUCACGCCACCCUCAGCUUCCUUGGUCAAAUGCUUGAUGAAUUGGCCAUCUUAUGGGUGCUCAUGUGUGCCAUUGCCAUGUGGUUCCCUAAGAGAUACCUACCCCGGAUGUUUAGGAGGGAUCGGUCAAGGUUCAAAGUGGUCAUAGGGAUCUUGUCAGGAAUCACCACAGGGUUGGCCUUUGUUAAACCCGUCGUCAAUUCACUGUCACUCAUGACUCUGGGCAUCCCCUGCACUGCACUGCUCAUUACUGAGCUUAAAAGGUGUGAAAACCCACGUGUGUUCAAGCUGGGCUUGAUCUCAGGGAUCUGGUGGGCGCUGGCUCUGCUUUGCUGGAUCAGUGACAGGAUAUUCUGUGAAAUGUGGUCAUCUGUCAACUUUCCCUACUUACACUGUGCUUGGCACAUCCUCAUUUGUCUGGCUUCUUACUUGGGUUGCGUUUGCUUCGCCUACUUUGACGUUGCGACCGAGGCCCCCGAGCGAGGACCCGUCAUCAUGUUCUGGCCCAAUGAGAAAUGGGCCUUUAUUGGUGUGCCGUACGUCUCCUUGCUCUGUGUCCACAAGAAGUCUACUAUCAAGGUGACUUAAAGUGACCUGAGUCUGCUGCUCAGCUGGUUGGGCUUCCACACUUCUCACCAGGUUGGUUUCAAACAACAUGGCAGCAAGAUACACCACCAAGUCUGUGAGUCGGGUGACGUCCACUGGUUCUCAAGUGACUGGAUGAUGUAGGUGACGCACAUUUUGGCCAACUGCAAGGAUUUAUCUUUUCCUUGUUCUUUCCCUGGUCUGGUCUUCAUUAUACAGCACUGUUUAAGCAACUCUGUCAAAGAACAAAAGGUGUCACAAAAUGAGUCUGAUAUGACACAGAGGGAUUUGUUUUUCAGUAACACAAUAUCAAAGCCAAGAAACCUUUACAGUGUUCCAAAUGCAUUCUCAGGCUUGGUAUGAGAGAUUGUGUAAUCUCUGUAAGGGUGAAAGUAUAGUAUCAUGCAUUUCAGGCUUCUCUAAAGAGAAGAUUUUGUAUAUUUUAUAUUAACUCAGAAAACCUCAUUAUAAAGCAUUAUAUUGCCUUUAUAAACAUAGAUAUAGCAUCUCAUAGGUGCAGUUUGGCCAUUAUGAAACCAUGUUUAGAAACAAUAAAGCACUGGAUUCAUUAACUGUGAUUAAUGCAUAAUGCAUUAAAACUCAAGGAAACGACAGGCUGGUUAAUAAGAUGUUACAGAAGUGUUAUUCACACAAAGCCUUAUGUAUUUUAAAUACAUAAUGGAUCCAUUAUGUGGAUUUUAUACAUGCCCUUUGUGUCAACAGCCAUUUUAAUGAAAAAAACUCAGAAUACACAGGAGGCUUCUUUCUAUUUUGGGUGUGCUGUGUUUUUGUUCCAGCAUGCCACAGUGAUUGUUCAAGAUAGUAUAUGAUAAAAUGUUUAAUAUAUUCCUGUAUAUAUUUUGUUAACCAACAAUGUAAUAUGCAGUUAUUUUCCUAGGAAAAGCAUAUCAUUGAUAUAUUACUGAAUGAAUAGGUACCCACUGAUAUUGGCAAAAAUCCAAAGUAAAAAAAAAAAAAAAA